AUGAAGAGACGAAAUAAACAGAGUAAAUGUACAAACCUGACAGCUUUAGAAGAGAGGAGCUCGUCUGCCACCGCUUCUGUGGAAGACUGUACCCAUGAUGGGCUCCUGUCUUAUCUGACCACCCUGGAUCAGUAUCAGCUGGAGGAAUGCAAGCUUUGCCUCCAGAAUGAACAGUUGUUGCUUAGGAACUUCCGGCCGAUUCCCUGGGCAAACAUGAAAGCCGCUGAUCCCAGGAAUCUGUUCUUUCUUCUGAGUGAACACUUCCCGGGAUGGCAGGCAUGGCAGGUGGUCCUCAGCGUCUUUGAGAACAUGAAUCUGACCUCACUUGGUGAGAAAGCUAGAGCAGAGAUGAAUGAGAAUAUGCAGACUGAAGAGCCACGAGAUCCAAACCAAGAAGAAUCAGAAAUUCUGGAAGGUCACAGAAGAAAAUACAGAGAGAGGAUGAAGGCUCAAAUACUGGUGACAUGGAACAAUAUCCCUUGGCCUGAAGAUCAUCUAUAUCUCCGCAGUGUGACAGAGAAGGGACAUGAAGAACUGAAGAGCCUCCUGGAUCCCAGCGGGGCGGGAGCUCUGGCUCACACAGUAGUCUUGGAGGGUAGGGCAGGGGUUGGCAAAACCACGCUGGUGAUGAAGGCCAUGUUGCACUGGGCAGAGGGCUGUCUCUUUCAGCACAGGUUCUCCUAUGUUUUCUAUCUCAGCUGCCAUAAAAUGAAAGAGAUGGAAGAGACCACCCUUGCUGAGCUGCUUUUCUUGGACUGGCCCAACUCUCAAGCCCCCAUCAAAGAGCUCAUGUCUCAGCCUGAGAAGCUGCUGUUCAUCAUCGAUGGCUUUGAGGAAAUGACUGUACCCUCCAACUCAGUCGACAGCCCUCCUUGUACAGAUUGGCACCAGAGGCUCCUGGUGACCAGACUCCUAGUGAGCCUGUUGAAGAAAAAGUUGGCUCCCAUGGCUACCUUACUGAUCACCACCAGGAUUGUGAGUAAGGAAGAUCUUCAAAACUUGUUGGUGAAUCCAUGCUUUGUGCUCAUGCAGGCAGACCAGGAGGAGUACUUCAUCAGGCAACUUGGAGACCAAAAAGAAGCCAAGAAAAUUUUGCAUUGGUUAAGAAGACAUGAAACUCUGCUUAAUUUGUGCUCUGCUCCCAUGGUGUGCUGGACCGUGUGUUCUAGUCUUAAGCAGCAGAAGGUGAGAAAUGGUGCUCUCUGUUUGAGUGCCCAAACCACCCCAAGCCUGUAUGCCUGUUUUUUCUCCAACUUGUUUGCAACUGCUGAUGUGAAUUUGGCAGAUCAGAGCUGGCCAGAAUGAUGGAGGGCGUUCUGCUCUCUGGCUGCAGAGGGGAUGUGGUCCGUAACCUUCACAUUUAACAAAGAGGAUACCCAGCACUGGCACCUGGAAGCACCUGUUGUUGAUUCUCUCUUCAAGUUGAAUAUUCUUCGAAAGGUCAGUGACUGCAAGGACUGCAUUACUUUCACUCACUCAAGUUUCCAAGAGUUUUUUGCCGCCAUGUUCUAUGUACUAGUGGGAACUGAGGGAUUCCUUCGUGGUUCUACGAAGUAUCAAGAAUUGAGGGCACUACUGAGUGAUGUCUUGAUUGACACAAAUAUCUAUUGGAAUCAAAUGGCUCUCUUCUUAUUUGGUCUUUUACAAAAAGACCUAGCAAGAGAACUGGAGGACACUUUGCAUUGUAAAAUAUCUCCCAGGAUAAAGGAUGAAUUAUUGGAGUGGGCAGGAGAAUUUUAUGAGCUUGAAACUGCCUCUAUCCAAUUUGAAUCUCUACAAAUUUUUCACUACCUAUGUGAGACUCAGGAGGAAGACUUUGUAAAGCAGUUUUUGGUUCACAUAUUUGAAGUUGACGUUGAUAUUUUCAGGAAAAUGGAACUCCAAGUGGCUUCAUUUUGCCUAAAGCACUGUCAAAGGUUAAAUAAGCUAAGACUUUCUGUCAGUGGUCCCAUCUUUCAAAGGCAAUUGGCUUCUGACUCCAAAACUCCAGAGUCAAGCUGUGUUGAUUCCAGGAUACGUCAGUGGCAGGACAUUUGCUCCAUGUUUGGCACAAAUGGAAAUGUGAGUGAGUUGAACCUGAGUAAUAGCAAGCUUAGUGGUUCAUCCGUGAAGAUUCUCUGUGCUGAACUAAGAAAUCCAAAGUGUAAGCUCUGAAAACUCAUGUGUAAAUCCAUGACCCCCGUGAGGGCUCUGAGGGAGAUUGCACUUGCCAUUAAUGGUAACAGGAAGCUGACCCAUCUGAACCUGAGCUCUAAUAAUCUGGGGAUUAUCGUGGCCAGGCUGAUUUUUAGAGCCUUGAGGCAUGCAGCCUGCAGCCUCAAGUAUCUAUGGCUGGAGAAAUGCAAUCUGUCGGCAGCCAACUGUCAGGAUCUUACCUCACUCCUCACCAGCAUCCAGAGAACGACUAGCGUGUGCCUGGGAUUUAAUAAGCUCCAAGACGAUGGCAUUAGGCUGCUUUGUGCUACCCUGGCUCACCCCGAGUGUACUUUACAGAGAUUGGUGUUGUGGUUUUGCCAGCUUGGGGCCCCCAGUUGCAGGCACUUGUCGGGUGCCCUCCUCCAGAACAAGAGUUUGACGCACCUGAAUCUGAGCAAGAAUAGCCCGGGAGACGAGGGGGUGACGUUUCUGUGUGCCCUGAGUCGUGCCGAUUGCAGCCUGCAGAGCCUGGACUUGUCAGAUUGUUCCUUCACAACGGAGAGCUGUCAGGAGCUUGCUAAUGCCCUCAAGCACAGUCAUAAUGUGAGAAUUUUGGAUGUUGGGAAAAAUGAUCUUCGGGAUGAUGGAGUAAAACUACUGUGUGGGGCUCUGAAACGUCCAAGUUGUGCACUGAGCACACUUGGCUUGGAGAAGUGCAAUCUGACCCCUGUUGGCUGCCAGUAUCUCACCUCUGUUCUCAGCAGCAGGAGGAGCCUGACAUCUCUAAACCUCAUAGGCAAUGACCUGAAGCCGGAAGGGGUGAAGACACUGUGCUUCAAAAAGACUUGCUAA